AAGAGGGCGGGGCCCGAACACGGAAGUGAUCGGUGCAGCCGCAGUAAUAAAGAAAUAAGAUCAUUUUGGAGAUAAAUCUGUUGUUUUAAGGACGUUUUCUCGGUAAACGCUGCAGCAGCUGCUAGUUCCUGUUUGACCCCCGGAGUUCCCGCCCCCCCGGUGACCCCUGACCCCCGGUGACCCCUGACCCCCCGUGACCCCCCGGUGACCCCUGACCCCCCGUGAUGGAGGAGACGAGCCGCGAGGCGGUUGCCACGGCGGUGCAGCGCGUGGCCGGGAUGCUGCAGCGCUCCGACCAGCUGGACAAGGUGGAGCAGUACCGGAGGAGGGAGGCCCGCAAGAAGGCCUCGGUGGAGGCCCGGCUCAAGGCGGCCAUCCAGUCCCAGCUGGACGGCGUGAGGACGGGGCUGCUGCAGCUGCACACGGCCCUGCUGGACGUGCAGGACAUCCAGGGCUCUCUGGGGGACGUGAGCGACGACUGGAGGAAAAGCAUCAGCACCAUCGAGAGCCUGAAGGACGUGAAGGACGCCGUGGUGCAGCACAGCCAGCUAGCAUCCGCCGUGGAGAACCUGAAGAACAUCUUCUCUGUACCAGAGAUCGUGCUGGACACCCAGCAGCUCAUCGAGCAGGGGGAGCUGCUCCAGGCUCACAGGAAGCUGAUGGAGCUGGAGAGUUCCAGAGACGACCUGAUGUACGAGCAGUUCAGGAUGGACAGCAGGAACACCAGCGACAUGAGCCUCAUCCGGAUCUACUUCCAGGACGUCCAGGCCCUCUCAGACGAGCUAGCGAAGCAGCUGUGGAUGCUGCUGCAGCGCUCCCUGGUGACGGUGCGCAGAGACCCCACCAUGGUGGUGUCGGUGGUUCGGAUCAUCGAGAGGGAGGAGAAGAUCGACCGACGCAUGGUGGACCGACGCAAGCAGACGGGAUUCAUCCCCCCGGGGAGGCCCAAGAGGUGGAAGGACAAGAUGUUUGAGGUUCUGGAGGGGACCGUCUCCACCCGGAUCGAGGGGACCCAGGCCGUCACCAGAGAGGCUGAUAAGAUGUGGCUGGUCCGUCUGCUGGAAAUCACCAGGAAAUACGUGGUGGACGAUCUGGUGGUGGUGAAGAACCUGCUGGUGCAGUGUUUCCCCCCGCACUACAACACCUUCAACAGGUUCUUCAGACUCUACCACACCGCCGUCUCCGCCCGGGUCAAAGAACUGGCCUUUGAAGAUCUGGAGGCCAAUGAGAUCGUCUCCCUGCUCACCUGGGUGCUCAACACCUACAAGAGCGUGGAGAUGAUGGGUCACCCUGAUCUCAGCUCGGAGUGCGACAUCAACCAGCUGGAGAAUCUGCUGCCGCAGGAAGUGGUGGACAAUCUGCUCAGCAAAUACGUGCAGACGUUCACGUCCAACAUCACCGGCUGGCUCCGUAAGGCCCUGGAGACGGACAGGAAGGACUGGCAGAAGGACAGCGAGCCGGAGGCCGAUCAGGACGGAUAUUACCAGACCAGCCUGCCGGCCAUCGUCUUCCAGAUGUUUGAGCAGAACCUCCAGGUGGCGGCCCAGAUUGACGGGGAUUUCAGGGAGCAGGUUCUGAAGCUCUGCCUGAGACAGAUGACGUCCUUCCUGGUCAGGUACCGGGAGGAGGCGGUCUCCUACAAGGACGACCACCUGAGGGACAGACAGAUGCCUCCGUGUUACGUCCAGUACAUGAUCGCCAUCAUCAACAACUGCCAGACCUUCAAGGAGUCGGUGAACAGCCUGAAGAGGAAGUACUCCCGCUUCUCUGAGCCCAGUGAGACGGACGCCGCCAUCGAGAGGACGCUCAACGACGUGGCCAAGGACGGAUGUCAGUUCCUGCUGGACGAGGUCUUCCUGGACCUGGAGCACCACCUGAGCGAGCUGCUAACCAGGAAGUGGCUAACGGGCUCUCACGCCGUCGACACCAUCUGCGUGACGGUGGAGGAUUAUUUCAACGACUUCAACAAGAUCAAGAAACCCUUUAAUCAGGACCUGACAGACGAGGCCCUACGGCGCGUGGUGCUGGAGUACCUGAAGGCCGUCAUGCAGAAACGCGUUUCCUUCAGGAACGGAGAGGAGAGGAAGGACGGAGCCGAGCGGAUGAUCAAGGAGGCCGAGCAGCUCAACUUCCUGUUCAGGAGGCUAGCCGCGGGCGAGGACACGGACCGUCUCUGUGGAGCCAUCGCCGCCAUCGCUGAGGUUUUCAAGCUAACGGACCCCACGCUGCUGUUCCUGGAGGUGUCGACGCUGGUGUCCAAGUACCCCGACAUCAGGGAGGAGCACGUGCAGGCGCUGCUAGCCGUGCGCGGCGACGCUAGCAGGGAGAUGCGUCAGAUGAUCAUCGGGACGCUGAGCGAGAACAAGCCGCCCGUCUCCGGAGGGAACCCGCCCGUCUUCAGGGACAUCGCCGUGCCCACCAUCACCAUGACGACCAUGACCACCAUGACCUCCAUGGCAACGGCCAAGCUGCUCAAAUGAGCCCACCGUCGCCGUGACGACCGUCACCAUGACGACGGCCAAGCUGCUCAAAUGAGCCGCAGUUUAUUCAACGAAACAAUAAAAGUUCCUACAAUGAGUCGUUUUUCCUCCUCGUCUCUUUUAGUCUGAAGAAUUUUCGAUUUUAUUUUUUUAAUUCAAUUCAAUUUGAUUGUAUUUGUAUAGCGUCUAGUACAACAUAUGUUGUCUCUGGGAUCUUUGCAGAACUUUCUCCUGUUUCUUUAUUCAGUAGUUGAGGCUGAAACAGCUGAACUGAGUCUCCCCCUGCUGGCCGCUGGUGGAACUGCAACACAAGAGUUUCAGGUCUUUACUCUUUAUUUCAUUUCUUAAAGGAGCAUGAGGCUCCUUUAAGAAAUGAGACUCUCUAGCGCCACCCUUCACCACGACGGCCAUCGGGGGUACUGCAGCCAACAGUGAAGCCGGCACGGGAGAACGGGGAGAACGUGCAUGCAGCGUC